AUGUCGUGGCUGUCUAUUCCCUCAGAGUCUCACUUCUCCAUCGCCAACAUCCCGUUCGGCAUCAUCUCUACAUCAUCCAACCCAACUCCUAGACCUGCCGUCGCCAUCGGAGAUCAUGUUCUAGACCUGCAAGCCUUUGCAAAGGGAGAUGGAUUCUCUGGUAGCACAGAUGCUCAAAAGCAUGCUGACCUCUUCUCUCAAUCUUCGUUGAACGCCUUUGCAGCUCUUGGACGUCCUGUUCAUCGCGUCGUCAGAAGCUAUCUCCAGGAUGUCUUUGCAAAGGAUACCAAGUAUGCCCAAAUUCUCAAGGACAACCAAAAGCUUCAAGAAAUAGCUCUUCUCAAGAGUUCAGAUGUGAAGAACCAUGUUCCCCUCAACAUUGGAGACUACACCGACUUCUAUGUCGGAAAGCAUCACGCCUUCAACGUCGGCUGUCUUUUCCGUGGCCCCGAUAAUGCGCUGCAGCCAAACUACACAUAUCUUCCUGUCGCUUACCACGGAAGAGCAAGCAGUGUUGUCAUCUCUGGAACACCCAUUCGUCGUCCAUGGGGUCAAAUCCUCCGCCCGGGCAACAAGGUUCCUGAUCUUGCACCUUCGGAGAAGUUGGAUAUCGAGCUUGAGAUGGGUAUGUUCAUCUGUCGCGAGAAUGCUUUAGGUGAACCCAUUCCUAUCAGCGAAGCAGAGGACUACAUCUUCGGCUACGUCCUUUUGAACGAUUGGAGUGCGCGCGAUGUCCAGGCCUGGGAGUAUGUGCCUCUUGGACCUUUUACCGCCAAGAAUCUGGGCUCCAGUAUCAGUGCCUGGGUUGUCCUCGCCGAUGCGCUAGACGGCGCAAAAGCAGCUGGUAUCAAGAACGACAGCGAGAUUCUUCCCUACCUACAGGAAAACAAGGAGAAGAACGUUUUGGACAUUGACUUGGAAGUGGAGAUCAUUACGGCGGAUGGAAACAAGCAAAUCCUGAGCAAGACUAGCUCCAGAAACCUCCUCUGGUCAUGGCCCCAAAUGAUUGCUCACCACACCAUCACCGGCUGCAAUCUGCGUCCUGGUGAUUUCUUAGGCUCUGGCACCAUCUCUGGCCCUGACUCUGGUACUGAGGGAAGUUUGCUAGAACAGACAAAGGGCGGAAAGAUUGCCAUCAAACUCAACAAUGGCGAAGAGCGCAAGUUUAUCCAAAACGGCGACACACUCGUGCUCAGAGGAUCGUAUGGCAGUGGCGAUGCCAAGGUUGGCUUCGGUGAGGUUUCUGGAACUAUUCUCGAGCCUCUUCCCUUGUUCAAGUAA